ACGCGUCUCGCACGUGUAUAAAUAAGAAAAUGGUAGAAAGAUUGGCUGAGAAUGUGGCGGAAUCGAACGAACGGCAAUAAAUAUUUCUCAUCGUUUCUCAAAGGAUUUUAACCUUCUCACGAUGGCCCAGAGCAAAACCAAGAAAUCCAAAGGGCAAAAGAGGAAAGUGAGUGAAAUGGAUAUAGACGAGUUUAUGGCGCACGGUUUUGAUUCGGAUGUUUCCAGUGGCGACGAAGUUGUUGCAGCUGGCGAAGUACAUGAUAGCAUUAACAGUGAGUCAAGCAAGUCCAGAACCCAGGCACAUAAAGAUCAACUGGCAAGAUUGAAAGAAAAAGAUCCAGAAUUUUUUAAGUUCUUACAAGAAAAUGAUGAAGAACUGUUGGAAUUCAAUGACUCAGAAACAGAUGAUGAAUUACGGUCAGAUGAAGGUGAUAAUGAUGAUGUCGAAGAUGCUGAAUUAAUGUUGCAAGAUGAGAAGGAAGAUCAAGGUGAAUUUCCAAGGGAUGAAGAUGGUGAUGAAGAUAGCCACCAUGAUCAUCAAAUGGAUGAAGUGAAAAAAGGGAAACUGGUUACCAUGACAAUGAUAAAGACAUGGACCAAAGGAUUACAGAAAAAUUCAUUAGCCUCACUAAAACAGACAGUUCAGGCAUUUGACUGUGCUGUUCAAGACACUCUUGUGACAAGUGAAGAAUCAGAAGAGAACAGGACACCCAAGUAUAGAGUUGAAGGAAGCAAUGUAUUUAAUAGCUUGGUUCAAACAUGUCUGAAGAAUGUUAUUGGUGUUAUUCAACAUCAUCUUGGCAUUGACCAGAGCAAGCCUUCGAAAGCUGGAAGGCUGCCAUCAGCAAACAAAAAAUGGUCUCAAGUGAAAAAAAAACACAGUAAUAUUUUAAAAAGUGUGCUUCAGAUUCUGCGUAAACUCUCAGAUCCAUCAAUGCUGUGUGUUGUACUACGUCAUACACAAGCUCUGUGUCCAUUCUAUGCUUCAUUUCCAAAAUUAUCAAGAGCGUUCAUCAAGAGGAUGGUGCGUAUGUGGUCAAGUGGUGAAGAACAUGUCAGGGUGAUGGCUUUUGUUGGCCUCACAAAGUUGCUACGAUUAAUUUCAACAACACUAGUGGACUUUGCUAUUAAGCAACUGUACACAAAUUUUGUGAAAAACUGUAAGUUCACCUCAGUCAGUACCCUACCACUGAUCAUCUUCAUGCAAAACUCAUUAGUGGAAAUCUACAGUCAUAACCCAAGCUCAACCUAUCAACAAGGUUUUGUAUAUAUCAGGCAGUUGGCCAUUCAUCUACGAAAUGCAAUGGUGCAAAGAAAAAAGGAUUCCUUCCAAUCAGUCUAUAACUGGCAGUUUAUUCACUGUCUUUGUCUGUGGAGUCGGGUUUUGAGUGAAACCCAGCAGGAUGUUUUAGAGCCACUUAUAUAUCCUUUAGUUCAAGUAACACUGGGAGCCAUCAGGCUCAAUCCGACAUCAAGAUAUUAUCCACUUCGUUUUCAUUGCAUUCGUUCUCUCAACAAGCUGUCUCAAGCCACGAAUACGUUUAUCCCCGUAGCGCCGUUUCUCUUGGAGAUACUCGAUAGCGCGGAGUUUAACAAACCGUCCAAACUGUCGACGGCAAAACCGACAAGUUUUUCGUGUAUUUUAAAAGUUUCCAAACAACAAUUACACAGCAAAGCAUUUCAAGAUUCUGUAGUUGAUGAGAUUGUUGAGCUGUUGCUAGAGCAUUUCUCCACACACGCACAUUCCAUCGGCUUUCCAGAACUUGUGUUUCCAUGUGUUGUAAAGAUGAGACACUUCGUGAAAACAUCCAAAGUCCCGAGGCUUGGAAAACAAAUAAAGCAAUUGAUUGAGAAGUUGAACGAAACUUCGCAAGAUGUAACGAAACGACGCUCUACUGUGUCCUUUAGUCCCAAAGACAUUGAAGAUGUGGAAAAAUGGGAGACAGAAUACCGCAAACAGCCGAACGCAAUUGUGCAGUUCUACAACCGUUGGAAAAAUAUGAAGAUCAACACUCUCUCGAAACAGGAGGAAAGAGCGGAUGUAGAGGAAGAGUUGGACGAGGAAGAAACGAAGGCAGGAAAGAAACGAACAAAAACGGACAGAAAACAAAGCAAGAAAAAACGCCGUGAUAUUGAAAGAAAAAACAAACAAACGAAUAAUGAAGUAGUCGAACGAGAAGAAACUGAGGCGAAUGACGUCGCUGAUAUUGUUGAAGACUUUCAGUUCUCAGACCUUGACGAUUAACGGAAGGAAGGUUGUUGCACUGCUUCGAGAUGAAACACCUUAACACUUUAGUGUUUUUGAAACAUAAUGGUGAUUUAUUAUCGUUCUUACCAAAGUCAUUGAAUUCUGCUCAUUUCCUUUUCCAACGAAUCCAAGAAAGUUUCCAAAUUACUCGACGAAGUGUUUGCUGGAAAAUGGAAAGGAAAUAUUACCAUAUUGGUAAACAGUUAAUGGGAAUUGAUCUCUGGAAGUUGAAGCUAACCUGAUAGUCUUUCAUUCAACCACUGAACUGCUCUCAAAGCCCCACCAUUGCUUCCCUUUCUGUAGUAAUCAACAGCCACAAAGUUUGCCCACUUUUUAAAGUUUUUAUAACAAGUUGUAAGUUUACGUUUUAUUUCAUCAAAAUCAUUCAAACACGGCGACAAACUAUUAGGAAUUGUUGUGAACCAGUUAACCAAGAGUAAACUCCUAUCAUAGUCAUGACUCGCGGAUUCAAUUCUUUCCUUGCAUUCCUAUUUUGAGAUAUAAAGAAACGAUGAAAUAAAAUGAAAUAAAUAAACACA